UGUCAAUCCACUUUGAAGAGAAUUGACAUAUUAGCAAUUAUUUAUUUUUACUACAAAGAUUGGUUUACUCUUCUAAAUUAUCAAAAUGGAUGAAAGUGACUUCAGUGAAGGAAAUGAAGAGGGAGAUGAGGGAAAAGAAGAAACUCUUGAUCCUGAAAAUCCUGAUCACUUUUUUCCUAUUAUUGAAAGAAAAUUCAAUAAGACUCUGGCAGAAAUGGAACAGAAUCCUGAGGCUGCCCAAUUUGCCGAUGACUACAACAAUUUAUUCGAAAAUUUCUACCAAACGUACACAAAAAAACAAGAUUUGGAACAGAAAACUGAAAACCUAGCUUCAGAAAUUGAAAAUAAAAACAACAAAGUGUCGAUAAUGUCAAAAAUUGUCGAAGAAGAUGCAAAAACCAUCAAAGAAUUGAAAAUCCAAAUUAAUGAGGCAUGGAAAUUAGCAGAUAGCGCUCACGCUAGAGAACAACUAGCACAAGAAAUAAUCGACAAUUUGAGAAAACAAGUGGAAAAUUUGAAUGCUGAAAUUGAAUUCAAGAAUAAAAUGAAUCAAGAUACCGAUGAAGUGGGUGAACUGAGUAAACACAAAGAUGGAUUAGAAAGAGAAAGGGAUCGCCUUAUAAACGAGGUGACGCAGCUGAAUACGAAGUUACAAAAUGCUCUGGGCUAUCAAGAAGAACUAGAAAGGAAAAACUCUGAAGCUGAUAUGCGAAUUAACGAAAUAUCUGGUCAGAUAGAGGACCAAACUGGUGAAAUCAAUCGUCAUAAAAGAGCCAGAGAAAAGGCUGAAAAUGAUAUAAUAGAGUUGAAAUUCAAACUUGAAGAGAAAGAAGCACAAUCCGUAGACUUGAAUUCAAUUAUAACUGAAAAUAUGAAAUUGGUACAACGGUUAGAGCAAGAUAUCAGAGAGGUGAAAUCAGCUCACGAUAAAGUGUCGAAAGAUCUAGAAGUGACUGUAAAUAAACUAUCAAAACUACAGGAUGACUAUAACAAUUCCCUUUUCGAAACCGAGAAAACCAAAAAACAGCUACAAGAAAAAAUGUUAGAUAUCAAAUCUUACCAUGAAGAAACUCAGCGUUUGAAGAACGAGAUUGUUAAACUUGUGAAAAUUAGAGAAGGUCUCGAGAAAAAAGUCCUUGCAAUGACCGUGGAAAAAGAUGAUAUUAUAUCAGACCGCAACAAUCUUCGCCAAAGAAUAGCAUUAUUUGAAAAAGAAAUCGACGAUUUCAAAAAAUAUAUCGACGAAGAUAAAAGAAAUAUUGAUGUACUCAUCAAGGAAAAAGACGUCCUCAAUAAGACAUUGCAACGCCAGCAAGCUGUUCAAAAAGAUCAGACGAAACUCAUACAUAUACAUGAACAGACCAAAAAGAAAUUGGAACUAGAACUCGAUAGUUUUUUCAUUGAAAGCGGGAAACAGAAGAAAACGAUAAAUCAACUUGAAAGAGAAAGGGAUAGAUUAGCAGAAGAGCAGCUGGACUUGACGAAAACUAUCGAAGAAAAUAUGGAAGAUAUAAGACUGAAGAAGGCUCAUAUUUUUGAUUUGAAAAAAACUGCAGCUGAACAAGAAAACCAAAUCAGGCAACAUCAAAAUUUAUACGAAGCUAUGAGGGCUGAUCGAAAUGCCUUGCAAAAAUCCCUUCAAGAAUCUAGUGCAGAAUGCUGGGAGUUGAGAAAGAAAUUAAAAACAGUCUUUCAUCAAAUCGAACAGCUGAAAGAGGACAUUUCAAUGAAAGAAAAGCUCCUCAUUAAAGACGAGAAUAUAAUGAGAAAGAUCACCAAGGAAAAAGAAAAUUUAAAAAUAGAAGUUAUGACAGGGUUGGACAAUAUACGAACGUUGAAAGUCGAGAUUAAGGAGCUGAGGGAAGAAGAAAAACGGUUACACACAUCAAUAAUGAAUAAUAUUAGAACAAUUAGAGAGCAGGCUAAAAAUCUUGAUCAAUUGAUGAAUGAGCGAGAUGUACUUGGGUCACAGUUAGUGAGAAGAAACGACGAAAUUGUUUUGCUGAAUGAAAAAAUAAAAAUUCUGCAAGCAACUUUAGCAAGAGGAGAAACUCAUUAUGAUCAGAGAUUAGGCGAUAUCCGGUUAUUAAAAUUGGAAGUGAAAAGGUUGAGACAAGAAAAAAACCUAAUCUCAAGAUCGAUGUCAAACAUGGUGGAUUUACGUCAAGAAAUAUUUCAUUUAGAACGCGACUUGACGAAAAGUAGGCUGAAAUGCAAAGCUCUUGAACAAGAGGUUCAAAAUCCUUUGAAUAUUCACCGUUGGAGAAAAUUAGAAGGUUCUGAUCCUGAAGUUCUGGAUCUACUUCAAAAGAUUCAAAUUCUACAAAAGCGGUUAUUGCAGCAGGGUUCGGAGGCUGUCGAGCGGGAAAGGCAGCUGAAGGAAGCGGAAAGACUGUACCUCAACCUCAGAAAAGUGCUGUCAAAACAACCCGGGCCUGGAAUUCACGAAGAACUGUCAAAAACCCAGAGAGCUUUGAAACUUCGGGGAAAUAAACUGAAGUGCUUGGUUUCCGAACUGAAUAUGACAGAACUAAAAUCAACCGAAUACAAAUCGGACUUACAAAGAGUAACUGAAGAAUUAGCGGACUUGAAGAAAAAAUAUCUAGCAGAAAAAAAGGCAAACAGGAGCAUGAGACUGAUGUACGGAGCUAGUCGGGAACUGAAAAAUGGUCGAGGAGACAGCGGGGAAGUGAAAUUCACCGGUGGUGGUUUUCGAAUGUCUGUGCAACAAAUUUCUUCGAAGUAGCCAAAACAAGAUGCCAAAUAUAGUAUUACUCUAGACUAUACAUAUCGAUAGUUCCAUUGAUCUCGUAAUAAAAUAGUUGAAGAAAUGAUUUCAAUUAGUUCAUUGAAACACAUUCCAUAUA